AGUACAGUGUUUAGUAGUAAUCGCUUUGUGAUAGUAUCUGUGAAUUUGACAAGAGAAACGAGAGAGACGAGAUGAGCGAGAGGCCGGUGCCGAGGAGAGAGAGCCCGUGGGGUACGCCGGAGGGAGAGCACCGGCAACCCAAAGCUCACCGCUGCAAUGAUCGCGCUGAAGAUGUUAUUCAGGCUUGCUUUGAAGGUAACCCAUUUAAGACAGUUCCAGGCCCUUUUAAGCUCUUCUACCGCUGCAUGCGCUCAAAACCUGGGGAAGAGCCAACUGAGCCAUUCUCUUAUUUGCAAUUAGACCCCCCAAAGCGGGAAGUAAAACUCGAGUAAAGGCCAUCUAGAUAUCCCUUGUACUGCUAUGUUUUUUCAAUUUUAGUUCAAGUCCAAUGUAACUUUUCCAUGUUGACUGUCCUAAUAAAUUCUCAGCCUUGUGAAUUUUAUCACAAAUUAUUGAUGUUGAUGGUUUCUUAUUGA